CUGAGCCAGGAGGAGGAGGAAAUGCAAGAAGAGUUGCAGAUACCUUUGGAAGCAGCCACUGAGUAUGUCAAGGGAAGGAAAGAAUCAUCUAAACUCUCUCAAGAGCUACUGGUUGGGGAGAUCUUUCAGAAAGAUCAAAAUCAGGAUGCCAUGUCAGAGAACCAAAAGCAGUCCUUGAUAUUUUUCAAAUCGCCUCUUCUCUGUGAUGUAGCUGAAAGAACGACUGAACGUCUGCCUCAGGAUCUUGUGUCUUUUGAGGAAGUGGCUGUGUAUUUCUCUGAGGAGGAGUGGUCCCAGCUGGAUCCUGACCAAAAAGCUCUUCAUGGGGAGGUCAUGCUGGAGAAUUCCAGGAAUCUGGCUUCUCUAGAAAAUAAUGUCAAAGAGGGUAAGAAUUAUACGGAACAACGCCAAGCAAUCCACAGGAAAAAGGAAAAAGGGAAGUUUGCCGAUCAGCUGAAACCAAAAAGUGAUGAGAGAAACCGAUCACAAGGUGGAAUUAAAAAGAGCUUUUCUUGGAUCAGCCGACCUACUUAUCAUAGAAAGAUCCAUACAGAAGAAAGACCCUAUAAAUGCCUGGAGUGUGGCAAGAGCUUUUCUAAAUCCAGUCACCUCAUUCGCCAUAAAAUGACACAUUCAAAAGAGAAACCGUACAUCUGUAUUCAGUGUGGAAAGGCCUUCCGUGAUAAUUGCUCUCUUAGAAGCCACCAGAGGAAUCACAAUGGAGAAAGGCCCUAUAAAUGCAUGCAAUGUGGGAAAGCUUUUACUCAAAGCGGUGCUCUUGCUACCCAUAAAAGAAUCCACACAGGGGAGAAGCCAUAUAAAUGUAUGGAAUGUGGAAAGAGCUUUACUCAGGGCAGUCAUCUUACUUCUCAUAAGUUCAUCCACACAGGGCAGAAACCAUAUAAAUGCAUGGUGUGUGGAAAGAGCUUUACUCAGGGCAGUCGCCUUACUUCUCAUAAGUUCAUCCACACAGGGGAGAAACCAUAUAAAUGCAUGGAGUGUGGAAAGACAUUUAGUCAAAACAGUAAUCUUACUUCCCAUAAAAGAAUCCACACAAGGAACAAGCCAUAUGUAUGCAGAGAAAGUGGAAUGGGUUUCUGUGAAAACCCAUCUCUUAUGGAACAUGAAAGGAACCACAUAGGGGAAAAACCAUAUAAGUGUAUGGACUGUGGAAAGGGCUUUUCACUAUCUGAUCAUCUCAUUUCCCAUAAAAUGACCCAUUCAGAAGAGAAACCACAUACCUGCUUGGAGUGUGGAAAGAUUUUCCCUGAUAAUUAUUCUCUUAUAAGCCAUCAAAGGAAUCACAGGGGAGAAAGACCCUAUAAAUGCAUGGAGUGCGGAAAGACCUUUGCUUGGAGCAGUAAUCUUUCUUACCAUAAAAGAACCCACACAGGGGAGAAGCCACAUAAAUGUGUGGAAUGUGGGAAGGGUUUUAGUACCAACAGUUAUCUUACUGCCCAUAAAAGGAUUCACACGGGGGAGAAGCCGUAUCAAUGUAUGGAGUGUGGAAAGAGCUUUAGAAGGAGUAAUCUUCUUACUUGCCAUAAAAAAAUCCACACAGGAGUAGCCACAUCAGUGCAAGGAAUGUGGGAAGACCUUGGGGAAAAAGAGAAGAUGGAGGGACAACACUUGGCAGAUGCAGGAAAAAGCCCUCUUGCUCCUCAGCCUUGGAGUUAUGGGAAGAAUGGGUCAAGUCUUAGGCAGAAAAUGCAGGAAGUGGGAACUAACACUUUAGAGAUCCAGUGCUGUCAUUUCAGAAAAGUACAGUUCCAGAAGGUGACUGGGCCCCGAGAUGUUUGCAGUCACCUUCACCGCCUUUGUCUUCAGUGGUUGCAGCCAGAAAGACACACAAAGGCUCAGAUGCUGGACCUGGUGCUCCUGGAGCAGUUCCUGGCUGUCCUUCCCCCAGAGAUGGAGAAAUGGGUGCGGGAGUGUGGAGUGGAGACGAGUUCCCAGGCGGUGGCCCUGGCUGAAGGGUUCCUGCUGAGCCAGGAGGAGGAAAAGAUGCAAGAAGAGUUCCAGAUAACCUUGGAAGCAGUCACUGAAUAUGCCACGGGAUGGAAAGAAUCGUCCAAACUCUCUGAAGAAGUGCUUAAGGAGAUCUUCCAGAAAAAUGAAAAUCAGGAUACCAUGUCAGAGAACCAAAACCAGUCUUUGGUAUUUUUAGAAUCAACUCCCCUUCAUGAUGUAGCUGAAAGAGCGACGGAACCUCUGUCUCAGGAUCUUGUGUCUUUUGAGGAAGUGGCUGUGUAUUUCUCUGAGGAGGAGUGGUCUCAGCUGGAUCAUGAUCAAAAAGCUCUCCAUGGGGAGGUCAUGCUGGAGAAUUCCAGGAAUUUGGCUUCUCUAGAAAAUAAUGUCCAGGAGGAUAAGAACUACAAAGAACAAUGCCAAACAAUCCAGCCAAAAGAGGAAAAGGGGAAGUUUGCCACCCAACUGCAAGCAAAAAGUGAUGAGAGAAACCGAUCACAAAAUGGAAUUAAAAAAAGCUUUUCUUGGAUCAGUCGACUUACUUACCAUAGAAAGAUCCAUACAGAAGAAAGACCCUAUAAAUGCCUGGAGUGUGGCAAGAACUUUUCUAAAUCCAGUCACCUAAUUUCCCACAAAAUGACACAUUCAAAAGAGAAACCAUAUACUUGUAUCGAGUGUGGAAAGGCCUUCCGUGAUAAUUGCUCUCUUAGAAGCCACCAGAGGAAUCACAAUGGAGAAAGGCCCUAUAAAUGCAUGGAGUGUGGAAAGACUUUUACUCAAAGUGGUAAUCUUGCUUCCCAUAAAAGAAUCCACACAGGGGAGAAGCCACAUAAAUGUGUACAAUGCGGAAAGGGCUUUAGGAGGAAUGCUGACCUUACCUCCCAUAAAAGGAUCCACACAGGGGAGAAGCCAUAUAAAUGCAUGGAAUGCGGCAAGAGCUUUACUCAGGGUAGCCAUCUUACUUCUCAUAAAUUCAUCCACACAGGGGAGAAACCAUAUAAAUGCACGGAGUGUGGAAAGACGUUUACUCAAAGCAGCAAUCUUACUUCCCAUAAAAGAAUUCACAAAGAUGGGAAGACAUAUAAAUGCAGAGAAUGUGGAAUGGGUUUCUGUGAAAAUACGUCCCUUAUGGAACAUGAAAGGAUCCACAUAGUGGAGAAACCAUAUAAGUGCAUGGACUGUGGAAAGGGCUUUUCUAUAUCCGAUCACCUCAUUUCCCAUGAAAUGACCCAUUCAGAAGAGAAACCACAUACCUGCUUGGAGUGUGGAAAGAUUUUCCCUGAUAAUUAUUCCCUCAGGGGCCAUCAAAGUAACCACAGGGGAGAAAGAUCCUAUAAAUGCAUGGAGUGCGGAAAAACCUUUGCUUGGAGCAGUCAUCUUUCUUCCCAUAAAAGAAUCCACACAGGGGAGAAGCCAUAUAAAUGCAUGGAAUGUGGGAAGAAUUUUAGUACCAACAGCUACCUUACUGCCCAUAAACGGAUCCACACAGGGGAGAAGCCAUAUCUAUGUGUGGAGUGUGGAAAGAGCUUUAGAAGGAGUAGUCUUCUGACUUACCAUAAAAAGAUCCACACAGGAGAGAAGCCAUACCAAUGCAAAGAGUGUGGGAAGAGUUUCAACAGGAAUAGUAAUCUAAAAUGUCAUGAAAGAGUCCACUUGAGUAAUACUCCAUAUAAAUACUAGACCUAUACAAAUAUGUGAGAACAUUUUGUCUUUCCAGUCCAACACAGACAAGAUGACACUAUAAUCCUAGUUGUGAUUUUUACUAAGUACAUUUCAAGGCAAAAAAUCAGGAUGAAUGGAAAUAAAGGGCAUUGAUUGCCAUCUUAAUGGUGUCUAGCCCAGUACUGAAGUGCAGAUUCCUAGGAAUAUUCCCUGUGAUGAAUGUUUCCACUAGAGCAGAGUCACAGGCAGAUAUUCAAUCAAUCCUCAGUCCCUUGUUAUGAUUUCACAAUUUGUUUAUUUGCUUAAUGUAAUUAUAAUCUGCCUUUCCACUUUGUUUCUCAUUAUGUAAUGCAAGUAAUAUCUUGCAUUAGUAAGAAAACUAUAAGGAACAUAAAGGUAAAAAUUCCCCUUGCACAUGUGCUAGUCGUUCCUGACUCUAGGGGGCAGUGCU